AUGUAAAAUCAAAAUAUUCCACAAUAUGAAUUUGACACUACAAUUUACAAGGACUAUUUAAAGAAUAAGAUUAUUGCAUUAUUUGAAACGAUGCCUGGAAAUAAAUAGUUGAUAAUGAGUUAGAGAGUGUUACAAUUACUUAAAUUAAGCAUAGAAAAUAAAUUACUAUAGGAAAGUGGAAUAAAAAAGACUUUAACAAUAGAGAAUAUAAAUUAAAUAGAAAAUGAUAUUACUUAGAUCUUUAUCAUCAUUCCACCUAAAUUAGAUGUAACAAGAAAGAUUGCAAAAAUGAUAAAAGCAGCAAAUGGACCCAAUAAUACCUAUAAGUUAGUAUUUUGGCCUUCAAGAACAAUCUUAGCAAAGGAAUUAUUGGAAUAAGAAGGAGUUUUAAGUAGUGUGGAAAUAAAGGAUUUUUCAUUUGAUCUUAUUCCACUUGAUUUGGAUGUAUUAAGUUUAGAAAUGCCUGAUGCUUUUAGAGAUAUGAUGAUAGAUUAAGAUUUAUCAAUAUAUAAUUAUGUUGCAGAUAGUAUCAAUAGAAUAUAGAUUGUGAUGGGAAAUAUUCCUAAUAUAUAUUGUAAAGGAGAUGGAGCUAAAAUGGUUUAUGAUAUUAUAAAAGUAGAAAAUUAAUAAUCUGAUUAAAAUCAAGAUUCUUAAGAGGUGGAAUCUUUAAUUAUUUAUGAUAGAAGUGUUGAUUUAAUAACUCCGAUGUUAACCUAAUUAGUUUAUGAAGGAUUAAUAGAUGAAUAAUUUGGCAUCAAUGGUAAUUUAAUUAGUUUACAAAAGAAGGUAUUUGGAAAAGAUGGAUAGGAAGGAGAAGAAUAUUAAACAUUAUAAUUAAAUUCUGAAAAAGAUCCUUUGAUUUAUAAGGUAAGAGGAUUAUAAGUGGCAUCAUUAGCUAAAUAUUUAUAUGAAUAAGCAAAACAAUAGGAAGCAGAGAAGACUGAAUUUUAAAAGGAAAAACAAGCUCAAUUGAAUGAAAAGAUUGUAUAAUAGGCAAAGAAGAUUAAAUUAGAAUAGGAAUCAAAUUCAAGACGUAUUAAAAUUAGAUAUAUAUAGAUCUAAAUAUAAGUGGAAAGAUAGCUGAGAAUAUUAAAACAAUUUCAUUUUAUAAGUUAUUGAGUUUAGAAUAAGGAAUAAUUAAUGGAGAUAAAACAGAAAGAACUUUAGAUUACAUAGAAGCUAUGAUCUAAUUAGAAAUGGAUUUAAAUAAGAUUGUUAGAUUGUUAACUUUAAGAACUUUAGUGGAUGGAGGUUUGAAGCAAAAACCAUAUGAUUAUAUGAGAAGAGAAAUUGUUCAUGUCUAUGGAUUUAAAACUAUUGCAUUCUUAAAUAAUUUAUCAAAAGCAGGAUUAGUAUUUAAGUCUGAUGCUAAACAACUUUUCUUUAAAUUAUAAGAACAAUUUAAAUUACUUAAUGUAGAUAUUAGAUCUGAUGAUAUUGAUCCUAAAGAUCCUGCUUAUACUUACAGUGGUCAUUGUCCACUUUUGUAUUUUUAACCUAUAUAUUUAGGGCUCGUUUAACAGAAAAGGUUUUUGAUAAAGGAUCAUGGAAACCUUUUAAAACUUAAAUGCAAUUGAUUAAUGGUUUUUAAUAUGAACCUGAAAGACCUAUUAAAUUAAAUAUUCCUGGCAAAAAACCUAUUGUAAUUAUUUAUGUUCUAGGUGGUAUUACAUAUGGAGAGAUUGCAUCUUUGCGUCUUCUUGGAAAACAGUUUAAUAAAGAAGUAAUCAUUUGUACAACUAAUAUGACUAAUGGUACAAAGCUUAUUUCAUCAUUAAGAGAGAGGAUUUGACAAUUAUAUAAAUACAUAGACAAGCUG